AUGCAUGCAAUUGUUUGCUGUGUCAUAGCUUUGGUGCUCCUUGAUGCUGUCGUUGCUAUCAACAUGUACGUCGUCUCGAAAGCCACCCCCGCCAUACCUGCGAGGAAUCGCGAAAACGAGUUUUAUCGCGUGAAGAUGGCAACCACCCGCCACUUGAGAGAGCACAUACUUGCGACAUCCAAAGCACAAAAGGAAACACUUCAAGAUGAAGAAAGGGCCAAUUUUGAAUUUGAUCAUCUGUUGACAGGCGUUGUUAAUCAAAUAGAGGCUUCGUAUGCCAUAGCACAAACGGAGUUUGUCCUGGAAACACGUUUCAAGUUUCCCCUCAAUCCGCAGAUGCUAAUGAACUUCCGGAUGGCUGAAGAAUCAAAUGUUAUCCAAGGGUCCCCCGAACGAUGGUACAAAAUUCGUUCUGUCGUAGAAAAGAUGAGAAGUGACUUUCUCGCGAAGAAACUAGAAGCCUUAGAGGAUGUCGACCCGAAAAAGAAAUUGCAACAAUCGGUAGCAGAUGCUGGAGAUGAGAAACUUUUCCUUCUGAACGUGACCAAGGCUCAGAGAAUCAUCGACAUACCUAAGCUACAAGGUUUGCAACCUGAUCAAAUCGAAUCUUACAAGACAAGUGUUUUCUCGUUUUGGAGAUCUCAAGACAUCAAAUCUGAUGAUUUGUCCAGAAUCCUUGAGUACACGGACGGCUCUGACAUCCGCUUUGACCUGAAAAAAUGGUAUGAGAUCUACCUGAAUAAAGAUGUUCCCGAAUCGAGUGGUGUUCGAUCAGGCUAA